UGGUCUCUCACCUCACUUCUCAACGCCCUUGUGACCUUUAGUUUUGGUGAGACACUUUGGUAGAAGGACAGUUGGAUCUUUCAUGAAGAGAGCCUUCUACCGUCACUAGACACUGCACCUUCUCUCAGAUAAGACCUCCCACACUCAGGUCUCAGGAUGAUGUGCGAGGUGAUGCCCACUAUCUCGGAAGAUGGGCGUGGCAUUGCAGGGGGUGGCUUGUCUUCCCCUGCCGGUGGCAGCGGAGGCGCAGGCAUGGGCGGAGGUUUAGGAGGACUGGGAUACAGCGGCCGAGAUCCUCGAGGUGGCGACGAAGGGGGAAGCACGGGGAACCUCGAGUCGCUAAUGGUGAACAUGCUGACUGAGAGAGAGAGGCUGCUGGAGAGUUUGAGGGAAACUCAGGAUAGUCUGGGUACUGCCCACCUAAGACUACGAGAACUGGGCCACGAAAAGGAGUCACUUCAGAGGCAGCUGUCCAUCGCCCUGCCACAGGAGUUUGCGGUGCUGACCAAAGAGCUAAAUCUUUGCCGGGAACAGUUGCUGGAAAGAGAGGAAGAAAUAGCUGAGCUAAAGGCAGAACGUAACAACACAAGGCUGCUGCUGGAGCACCUAGAGUGCCUGGUGUCCCGUCACGAGCGUAGCCUGAGGAUGACCGUGGUAAAGAGACAGGCACAGUCCCCUGCAGGUGUUUCCAGUGAAGUGGAGGUCCUUAAAGCCCUCAAGUCUUUGUUUGAGCACCACAAAGCCCUGGACGAGAAAGUGCGGGAAAGGCUGCGGGUGGCUUUGGAGAGAGUUGCCGCCCUGGAAGAAGAACUGCAGUCCUCCUCGCAAGAGGUAGUAUCAUUAAGAGAACAAAUCAAACGACGGCAGCAAGGAUUAGACAACAACAAAGAGCAGCUUCCCAACGGACCAUCCUCCAUCUUUGAUGAUGGCGAAGUCGACCGCCAGAGAGAGGGAGAGAUAGAGCGACAGAGGUUGGAGCUGGGGCAGCUGAAAGAACGACUCGCUCUCAUGUGUAGACAGGUGGGAGAAAUCGAGGAGCAGCUGACAUCAGCCAGGAGGGAGCUGGCUCGCUCGGAAGAGGCCAAUCAGAAACUACAGAGGGAUGUCAAAGAGGCCCUGUGUCAAAGGGAAGACAUGGAGGAAAGAAUCACCACGUUGGAACGCAGGUACCUGAGUGCCCAGAGGGAGGCGACAUCACUCCAUGACAUAAAAGAUAAACUGGAGAACGAGUUGGCCAGCAAAGAAUCUCUGUACAGACAGAGUGAAGAGAAAAACCGUCAGUUUCAGGAGCGUCUUGACGAUGCCAAACAGAAGCUGCAGCAAACCCUGCAAAGAGCAGAGACCCUGCCAGAGAUCGAGGCGCAGCUUGCCCAGAGGGUGGCAGCGCUGAACAAGGCAGAGGAGCGUCAUGGCAAUUUCGAGGAGCGACUACGACAGAUGGAGUCGCAACUGGAGGAGAAGAACCAGGAGUUACAAAGAGCAAGGCAGAGGGAGAGAAUGAAUGACGAACACAACAAGCGCCUCUCCGACACGGUGGACAAGUUGCUGUCCGAGUCUAACGAGAGACUGCAGCUUCACCUUAAGGAGAGAAUGGCAGCAUUGGAAGAGAAGAAUGCUUUAUCAGAAGAACUGUCCAACAUGAAGAAACUUCAGGACGACCUCUUAGCCAACAAGGACCAACUGAUAGCAGAGCUGGAGAGGCUUCAGUUGGAGUUAGAUCAGCUGAGAGCCAGGCCUGGAGGCUCGUAUUCCAGUCGCUCGUUGCCAGGCAGCGCUCUGGAGUUGCGGUAUUCCCAUGGUGGCGGUUCCCUCCCGUCGGGUUCCACCACUCACCUGGAUCCCUUUGGCAAUGCGUCUACUGGCGGAGUGGUUAGGAGAAGUCACAGAGCUCGCUGGAGCUCUGCCCGAGAAGACUCAACCAAGUUUCCAGAUUGGGAGAGUGGGGCUCUGCUGGACACUAGGUUUGAACCUAGCAUGGAUGUGGGCUGCUCAGACGAUGAGGACGACGGUGAACCACACUUUGGCUCUGAGCUGCUUUCACCCAGUGGACAGACGGAUGUCCAAACCCUGGCCAUCAUGCUGCAGGAACAGCUGGAGGCCAUCAACAAGGAGAUUAAACUGAUCCAGGAAGAGAAAGAGAGCACAGAGUUACGUGCGGAGGAGAUUGAAAGUAGGGUCAGCAUUGCUUUAGAUAGCCCACCCAUCCCUCCAACAUCACUGGGCAAAGACAGCACAGGACGAAGCUUUAUCCCCUCCUCCAUUACGUCUUCAACCCUGGCCUCCCCCUCUCCUCCUAGUUCUGGUCAUUCCACCCCUCGCCUGCCCCAUUCGCCAGCGCGUGAGAAUGAAAGACAGAAUAACAAAGACGACGAUCGUUCCCUCGCACUUUUGGACUCUCCGCCGCCUCCUACGCCAAGAGCCCUGCGGUUGGACAGGAUGGCCCUCACCCACCCAGGUGCUAUGCUCGAUGACCCAAGGGAUUACCGCAGUCUUUCAGCGGAUGGCACCAGCACCAACAGCAGCCAAGACUCUCUCCACAAGUCCAGCAAGAAGAAGAGCAUCAAGUCUUCCAUUGGCCGACUUUUUGGAAAGAAAGAGAAGGGGAGAGUCGGACAACCUGGGCGUGAUGGAUCACCUUCUCUGGCAUCUACUCCCUCUGAGGACAUGGCCUCUGGAGAUCCAAUGGGAAUGAACAAGACUGGGACUCUUGGUCCAGCAGACAAAGACCGGCGCAGCAAGAAGAAACAUGAGCUGCUAGAGGAAGCAUGUCGCCAGGGUCUUCCGUUUGCAUCUUGGGAUGGGCCCACCGUUGUGUCCUGGUUGGAGCUGUGGGUGGGAAUGCCAGCCUGGUACGUUGCAGCUUGUCGUGCAAAUGUGAAAAGCGGCUCCAUCAUGGCAAACCUCUCAGAUACUGAAAUCCAGAGGGAGAUCGGCAUCAGUAACCCACUGCAUCGCCUGAAGCUGCGUCUGGCCAUUCAGGAAAUGGUGUCUCUCACUAGUCCGUCGGCCCCAGCCAGCACUCGCUCGUCUACCAGUAAUGUGUGGAUGACUCAUGCUGAGAUGGAGUCUUUGAACGCCGCCACCAAACCGCCGGAACUGAAGGAGUUCAGCUGGGACCAGAUUCUGGCCUACGGUGAUAUGAAUCACGAGUGGGUCGGCAAUGACUGGCUGCCCUGCCUGGGUCUGCCACAGUAUCGCAGUUACUUCAUGGAGUCACUGGUGGAUGCUCGCAUGCUUGACCACCUCACCAAAAAGGAACUCAGGGGGCAGCUGAAAAUGGUGGAUAGCUUCCACAGGGUCAGUUUGCAUUAUGGCAUCAUGUGCCUGAAGCGUCUUAACUACGAUCGCAAAGAACUGGAGAGGAGAAGAGAGGAGAGCAUGCACCUGAAUAAAGAUGUGAUGGUGUGGUCCAAUGAGCGAGUCAUGUGCUGGGUGCAGAACAUUGGUCUAAAGGAGUAUGCUGACAACCUCAGAGAGAGUGGUGUACACGGUGCUCUGCUGGCUUUGGAUGACACAUUUGACUACACCGAUUUAGCCCUACUGUUGCAGAUACCUAAUCAGAACACACAGGCAAGACAGCUCCUUGAACAAGAAUACAACUCUCUUAUCUCUAUGGGAACUGAGAGACGACCAGAUGAGGAUGGAACAAAAACGUUCACACGCUCGCCAUCCUGGAGGAAGAUGUUCAGGGAGAAAGACCUGAGGGGUGUGACCUCCGACUCUGCCGAGACGUUGCCCGCAAACUUCCGUGCCUCAGCAAUUUCCACACCCUCUGUCACCCUGAGGAAGGUUCAGAGUGAUGCCAAUGCGGGGACCAGAGGUGAAUCUGCCUCAGUGCGGACAUACUCCUGUUGAGGGGACAGUGAGGGCAUUACAUGGACUGGAACUUUGAGGAACCUUCUAGCUAGUCCACAAGGAAAGACACAGUGACAGUAACAAAAAAGAAUCAAUUGGACCGUCUCGCAAUAAAAGAAGAAACAGAAUAACAAUAAUAAUAUUUUGAAAGUGACAUUAAGAAUGUAUGAAUGUUUUUCUCCGCAAAAUUAGGAAGGGGUAAAUGAGAUUUUCUUCUCUCUCUUUCUCUCCCUCCCUCUCUCUCUCUCUCUCUCUCUCUCUCUGUCUCUCUCUCACGUUGACCAACUUUGUUUUGGUUUUAAUUAGCGACAGCACCGGUGUAGAGUUAGCUAUGGGUCGUUGUGUGUGAGGCUUUAAGUGAGGUGAAGUGUCACAACUAAGAGCUUUCCUGUUUUGUUCUCAGGUUACAUCAGGACGGUGUUUUUCUUGUGGUGAUACCAGAAGGUUUUUCACUACAGACUAUUUCUUUACGUAAGGAGGGCGAAAUAAUUAUGUCUGGAGUAAAGUAUGACAUGGAUUAACCCUUUCAUGCAUGACGGCCACUACA